AUGGAUAACCGUCCAAAUCUGCACGAGAGCCUCUUCUCCAGGAACUCAACCCCCCCCAGCUCUCAGCAGGCCCAGCACCCCUUCUCUCCACAGCACAUAUCCAACAACUCGUCCCCAAGCCUCAUCGACUCCCUCUUCCAGGGCAUCUCUCCCCCCGCCCCCGACCACCAGUCCACUCUCGACUCCCAUCCGUCCGAAAUCUAUGACUCCGCCUCAUUGGCGCCCGGUGCGCCCCUGCCCCCCGACGAACCAGUCAACUCCCAAUCCGCCAGCAACAGCUCCACUGCAACUGAAAGGCAGAAUGCCUUGUUGAGUCUCCUCAGCGGUGGCCCGCCUCCGGCACCGCGCCCCCAACCUGUCGCGCAGCCGCCUCAGAAUCUACCUCAGCAGGUCCCGACGCCUCCUGGUUCAAGCUCCCAGCGAUCCAAUGCAUCGCCCCAGCAAACCGAAACCCAAAAGAUACUCGACCAAAUUAUGGGAGGAACUACUUCACGAUCAACCACUUAUUCUGACACACAACGAAGCAACCCACAGGCCCCUUCUCCUCCUUAUACUCGCGAUGAUUUCCGAAGUUUCCAACCCCACGACCACUCUGCUGAGACUUCUCCAAGGGCCCGCCCCCUACAGCAUCCUCCACAAGCGCCACCGCCGCCGCAACAGCAGCAGCAGCAACAGCAGCCACCUUCGCCGCGUAGAUCCAUGUUCGAAUUCACGUCACCCUUCGACCAUCUGUCUUCAUCGACCGGUUCCAUCAAGAAGAAAGCUGUCCCGCCUCAACCGUCGAACGUUUCCAGCGGCAACGAGGACUCAUCCUGGACUUCCGUCACAGAUCCUAAGCGCCAAUCCAUGGAAAACCUUUUGGAGAAUUUGACGCGCGGCCAGCCCCAACAAACCCAACCCCAACCUCCUGCUUACGAGUCCUACUUGAGCAGCGAUUACUCGCAGGGCGAGUCCGCGCCGAUCCGAGCCCCGCUUCCGCCUAUUCCUGCUUCAAAGCCCGUGUCUGUUCCCAUUCCCAUUCCCAAUGUGACUGGUUCACCCCGCGGAGGAUCACCCAAGGGUCAACCAUUGCACCGUCCCCAGCCUCGUGCUGCCGAGGUGAACAAUAGCCAGCAAGCUCCUUAUCCCGGCUCCGGAGGCCGUCGGGACAAAGACAGUUCUCCCGGCCCUAGAGGUCGUGGUGGAGCUCCUCGAGCGGGUCAACCAGGGCUAAAAUUCAGCAAGCCACGUUCGCCUAGUCCUCAAUCGCAAACUAUUAUCUUCGAUGUUUCUCUGCCUUUGGAGGAAAUAUUGGCUCGUGAUGCCGUCAAGUCCACAGCUAUCGCUCUCGUUAGGCAGGAUUCUGUAUUUUUGCCAGGAACUACGAUUGGGGCUACCCACUGGGUCGCAUAUGCAAUGACCAGGGGUCGCGUUCGCGUUAUUUCUCGUUCAAGUGGAGACAGGACUCUCCUUCAGCUUCCUCAAAUAUUUUCGCAGGCGUCAAGUGUCAUCGACAUGGCUGUCUACGUCAACCGAUUGGCAGGAGUGACCUCAGAUGGUGGAUUCGUUGUUUGGGAGUUGCCUGAACUCAUUACCGAUGAUGUUCCCGGACGCAUCCUCCUUUGUGUUCCACCAACCAACGACUCUGAUGCCAUCCGUGCUGUCAAGUGGCAUCCCAAAGACCCUGACACACUUGCUAUUGCGUCUGAUAACCAGAUCUAUGUCAUUGACUUGGCAAACACUCAUGCUCUCCAUGGCCAGCCCUUGCCUCAUUCUGACCUUCACCAUAUUGGCCAACCGUUUAAUGUUCCAUCUACUGUUGUCGCGUUUGAUUUCGAUGUUGUUCACCAUGCCCUUGCUACUAUCUCUGAAGACUCGAGCCUCACCAUUUGGAAUAUGCACGACAGCCUGCCCUAUGCUGUACACAAGAUUCGCGGUGAAGACAUUCCUUCGUCUUUGACUUUCGUCGAUGGCGGGAUCGUGGUGGGAAGAAGGAAUGGAACCAUCUUCCAGCUUCUUUCGAUGACCAACAAGAGCAUUCUUUCGACGAUCAAAUUCAUUAAUAGCGCGCAAGAAGACCCGGACAUGUUUGGUCACAUUAGCUACGACUCUAGGAUCCAGACGCUUUGGGUAGCUAACAGCCGCCGAGAAAGCUUAAUCGCCCUCAAGGUUCACAUCGAGCCCUCGUUCGCCACUGGGGAGGAGAGCGUUCGUGGCUGGAUCUGA